UCCCAGCACACAACCUACACAGAAAACUACUGUCAGAGAGUGCACUCAAAGGCAAAAACAGAGGAUACCAUGGCAAAGAAGGUGGCAGUGAUUGGAGCUGGAGUCAGUGGCCUGAUCUCUCUCAAGUGCUGUGUGGAUGAGGGACUCGAACCCACUUGCUUUGAGAAGACUGAAGAUAUUGGAGGACUGUGGAGGUUCAAAGAAAGUGUUGACGAUGGCCGAGCAAGUAUCUAUCAAUCUGUCAUCUCCAACACCAGCAAAGAAAUGUCCUGUCUCAGUGACUUUCCAAUGCCUGAAGAUUUUCCAAACUUCCUGCACAAUUCUAAAGUCCUGGAAUAUUUCAGAAUCUUUGCCAAGAAGUUUGAUCUACUAAAGUAUAUUCAGUUCCAGACAACCGUCCUCAGUGUGAAAAAACACACGGAUUUUGCAACCUCUGGCCAGUGGGUGGUUGUUACUGAGAACAAUGGUAAGGAGCAAAGCGCUGUCUUUGACGGAGUCAUGAUCUGCAGCGGCCAUCACGUCUUCCCUCAUCUCCCACUGGAGUCAUUUCCAGGUAUCCAGAAGUUCAAAGGCCAGUAUUUCCAUAGCCGUCAAUACAAGCACCCAGAAGGAUUUGAAAAGAAACGCAUUUUGGUGAUUGGAAUAGGAAACUCAGCCUCAGAUAUUGCAGUUGAGUUGUGUAAGAAGGCUGCUCAGGUGUUUAUCAGUACCAGACAUGGUUCCUGGGUCAUGAGUCGUAUCUCUGAAGAUGGCUAUCCCUGGGACUUGGCAUUCCACACCCGCUUUAAAGUCAUGCUCCAUAAUAUCGUGUCACGAAUUGUUGUAAAAUGGGCAAUGGAAAAAGUGAUGAAUAAAUGGUUCAACCAUGAAAAUUAUGGCCUUGUCCCUCAAAACAAAUACCUUUUAAAAGAGCCUGUCGUAAAUGAUGAUCUUCCAAGUCAUAUACUCUAUGGAGCCAUCAAGGUGAAAUCAAGAGUGAAAGAGCUCACUGAAACAUCUGCCAUCUUUGAAGAUGGAACAGUAGAAGAGAACAUUGACAUCAUUGUCUUUGCAACAGGAUAUACUCUCUCUUUUCCCUUCCUUGAAGAUCUUAUUAAAGUAGAGAAUAAUAUGGUCUCGCUAUACAAAUUCAUCUUCCCUCCUCAACUGGAGAAGUCAACUCUUGCAUGCAUUGGUCUCAUCCAGCCCCUAGGUCCCAUUUUUCCAGCUAUUGAACUUCAAGCUCGUUGGGUAACCAGAGUUUUCAAAGGCUUAUGUACCUUGCCCUCAGAGAGAACUAUGAUGGAAGACAUUAUCAAGAGGAAUAAAAAAAGAAUUGACUUGUUUGGAGAGAGCAAAAGCCAGCUACUGCAGACCAGAUACAUCAGCUACUUGGACGAGCUCGCUGUAGAGAUAGGUGUGAAGCCAGACAUCCUUUCCCUCUUGCUGAAAGAUCCUAAACUGGCUGUGAAACUCUAUUUUGGGCCGUGCAACUCCUAUCAGUAUCGUCUGGUUGGGCCUGGGCAGUGGAAUGGAGCCAGGAAUGCCAUCUUCACCCAGAAACAAAGGAUACUGAAGCCUUUAAAGACACGGGCUAUCAAAACCUCAUCUACUUUCCCAGUUUCCUUCCUGUUGAAAAUCCUGGGGCUUCUUGCUGUUGUGGUGGCCUUUUUUUCCCAACUUCAGUGAUUCUAGUCUGUCAACAUUAAUGCUUUAAGUUUUAUAGCAGUCAGUACCUCUUAAAGAAAAAAAAAUUAAAGAAAAAAUAUUAAAUCUAAAGUCUAAAUUUUAGAGUUGGAAAGAGAGAGAAAGAGUUAGAAGAAUUAGGUAUAAAAUGUAUAAAACCAAAAUUAUGUCAUGAAAUUUCUUUGCCAUCCAUCCUUCCCUUAAACUCACCAGACUCUCUAAAAAAUAAUAAUAAUAAUAAAAAUCAAUAUAGUAA